AUGCUGGUGACCUAUUUGGAAGCCAGCCGGGACCUUUGCGAGACGGACUCAAUUCUCUUUGGCGCCGCACUGGCAGUCUGCCGUAUUAUAGGCGCCAAACUUUCCACGGCUGGACGCACUACUGGACAAAGUAGUGCUAUCCCAGCCUGGAGAACAAGAAUUGAAGAACGUAUCGCAAAGGCUAGGGCCCUCAUCGGCAGACUGAUAUGCUUCAGGUCAGGCAAUACCAGGCCAAGGAUUGUGCGCACCGUCAGGAUGGCGUUUGCUGGGACAAAUGUUAGUUUGUCCCAGCCGGAUAUAAUGCAAAAACUGACGGAGCGCAUAGACGACCUGAAGCAGAGCAUCGCUGCUUGGGGAAAGCGAAUUCGGCGAUAUACCGAGAGGUCGACACGGUUCAACCAGAAUCGUCUCUUUCAGAGUGAUCAGAAGAGGCUCUAUAAAUCAUUGGAGCGAUCAAUGGUAAGUGGAACGGGCCCAGUACCGAAUCAGGCCGACACGGUUGCAUUCUGGCGCGGCCUGUGGUCAGAGCCCGUAAACCACAACGAGGGCCCUUGGACGGAAGUUGUGGCGAGUCAGUGUGCGAGUAUUACGCCCAUGGAUCCUGUCACCAUAACGCCGGAUGACGUAGCUGAGGCGGUCCGUAGGGCCCCGAACUGUAAAAGUCCGGGACUCGACGGGCUGCAUCACUACUGGCUGUAG